AUGAAAUUACUAGUCUCGGUUAUUGCUUAUUUGAUUGCCAUGGCACACGCUGUCAAAGUUAACACAACAUCUUCGGCUACGACCUCUCAGAUUUCAAAAUCAAUUAGUGUUAAAUCUCGUGAAACAUUGUCGAUUAAUACUAAUGAGCUUCUUGUUAAGUCUUUGAAUGUCAAUAAUUCCGGUGAAUUCCUUCUUAACUUGGAACCUCCAGGAAAAAUGGCCAUUGAAUCAGUGAUUAAUAAUGGGUUUAUUCUCAUUGAUACACGGCAAGUAGAUCAGAUAGACCUACCAUUUCGGAAAGUUAUUAUGGAUAACUAUGGCGAGAAGGAUAAAUUAGUUAUUUAUGGAAAAGACGUGAACGUAAAGAUAGACGAGGUAGAUAUUAUUGAUGAUAAUUCCAUGAUCUUCUGGGGGGAUUCCGGAAAUGUUUUUUUAAAGAAGGGCUACAUUAGGGGAAAUACUUGCUUUCACCUGCAAUUAGCUAUUCUUGAUUAUGUGAAAUUGCGUGGAUGCACGGCGCUUAGAAACUCCACAGUUUACAUUAACAAUACAUCAGAAGAUUUCCUCAAUUUAGUUUUUGAGGGCCUGAACAACGGGGUGUGGAUAAACACUACGAACGUCACUCAAAUUGAUUUAGCUAAUUUUGGAAAUGGAAACUAUGUUGCCGUUCCAGAUGAUAGUUAUGAUAGAUUUGGUUACAUAGCCGGUGAAAUAAUGCUUUUUUUCAAAAAUUACUAUAUUACGUUGAAUAUUGGCUACGAUUACAACCUAGGCGAUAUUAAUGUAACAAAAGACCUGCUGAUGGUAUAUGUCAGGUAUAAUAAAGCUCCGCCUAUUAGAGGAGCAAACGACCCAUAUUGUUCCUGUGUUUUACAUACUAAGGAGGGCAUUGAAGGAGUGGCGACGGAAUCAAUUGAAAAGGAAACUAGCGAGGUAGAGGAAAGUGCAUUUGCUGAGACAGACGACAGCGAUGACACUAGUUCUACAAAUGUUUCUUCGGGUGUUUUCAUGCCAAUAUAUGCUUUAUUGCAAAGUUUGAUAUUAUUAUUGAUAUAUAUCUGAUAAAAAGUUUUACGGAACUAAGAACUAGUUAAUUUUAUAAUAUUACAGAUC